ACGUAGCGAAGGCGCGCGCGAGCACGCACGCUCUACGAGCGCAUAUCCGCUCGGGCCGUUAACUUCCGUUAACGUGAACCGGAAUUCGUUACCGCCGCACGCGUGACGACCGACAACUGGAGGGACGAUAUCGUUGCGACACGGCUGCGACGACUAUGACGACGAAAAGAACAGUAUCGCGUGUAUCGGAGGUAGCGAGCAUUGAUGUUAAAUGCGCCCCGCUGCGAUAUCGUUCCGAGAAAAGUUCCUAAUCGCUCUUUCUCUCUCUCUUGGCAAGAUUCGAACGUACGGGCGUUCGUAUUGUUUCCUCGUUGUGUCACACAAUACGCCAACGAUAACAGCAACGGCGGCGGACAUCGUGAGCGCAAUUGUGAUCGUUACCACCAGCCGAGACCGGGGCCCGAAGAUGACCGAGGAGCUCGCGCUAGAACGUCGUGGAGAUUGGUGAAUAAUAUAGUUCCUCUCUCGCGGUGCGCCAUGUUCUCCGCGGCGGGCAAGGGCGAGCGAAGAAAUCUGCGCGGCAGCGCGCGGCUCUCGUCCAAGAUGUCGGGAAGGCUGCCCCGGUUGCGUGCUCUGCGACCGCGGCCGCCGCAGCAGCAGCGGGAGAAGGCGCACGUCGUCGCCGACGACGCGACGCGCGGCAAGCCGGAAGGUAACCUUAAAGCGGCCACAAGCGAGGAGGCGAUCGACGCGAAAAGAUGCGACUCGAAGAAAAUCGUGGAAGAUGCGAAAGCGACGUCGAGCGAGUCGAACGAGAUGGACGUCGACUAUCACGAUGAUGACGACGAAGAGGACAACGAGAAUGAGGAUGAGGACGCGCUUACGAUGACCGCCGAGGAGGAAGAGACGAUAACGGACGAUGUUGACGACGACGAUGACGAAGCGGCGAAGCCCGAAGAAACGAGCGAGCGAGAGACGUCAGUAAAGUCUUUUUACGAGUGCGAGAUCUGUGAGCCACCUAAAACGCUGUUGAGUAUCGAGGCCUACUUGGAGCAUCUUCAGAAGGAGCACAAGCAAAAGGGCACUUACGGGCACAGUCCAGUCGAUACUCGUUGCUCUGCGUGUUCGUAUGCUGCACUGAAUGUGAAAGAUCUCGAAAAUCACCAAAGAGUGCAUCAUUUGAAAAGAAAAUUCUUUCGAUGCGCAAAAUGCGAUUACGUGACGCACAUCAGAGCGCGUUAUACUAAGCAUGUUAAAUAUCAUUCUAUGCCAAUGAUCAAGUGCAAUGCUUGUGAUUUUAGUUCACCAUAUAAGUGGAAUCUAGAAAGACACAUGCGGAAUCACGGAGGUGGAGGUGCGUUCAAAUGUCAUGCUUGUAAUUUUACUGCUGAUAUCCGUCAGAGCUUAACGGUACACGAGUCGUAUCAUCAUGAUCCACCUGGAGGUCAGGCCAAAAGUAAUAACCCCUUUGAACGUAAGCCACGAAAUAGUCCAAAACGUUACAAUCAGGUUGGAGCAAGUGAUUUUCGAGAUGCCUCGAACAAAACUGGCAGCACGAUUACAUCGGCCGAUUCAGCUGAUAUGUUCAUGCCAGAUCACUCAUUAAUUUCGAUAGAUGAUAAGAGGAGCGCCGAAUGCAUCGCGCUAAAAUGCCAGGAGAAAGGCUGCCAAUUUAUAACUGCCUGGGAUUCCGAGAUGCAGCGUCACUUGCUGGAGUGCCAUUCGCCGGUUUCUUUGCCCAAGUCGAAGAAACCACUGCCAAUGUUAAUUCCGCUAAGUUUAGCCAAUUCGAAAUCCAACAACGCGCCUAGCAAUAGCGGUCCGCCCACGACCCUACUGAAGGUUCCGCGGGUCAGGGUGAGACCCGAGCUGGCGCAGAUCGCGAGGGACACCGAGCUAGCUAAGAUGUACGGAAACAAGGAGGCCGCGAGUUCCAAGAGGAAUCUCAAUAGCGCGGCCGGUAAAUUUGAAAAGAAGAACGCUUUCUUUUUCGAGCAGCUUAAGGAAAAGCUAACAACCGCAACGUCGAUUAAUAACGGCAUACCGGAGGUAGCCGUAAGUAGCGUGAGCAACUUGAAAUGCUGGUGUACAUUUAAAGCUAGUAGCAUGGAGGAGAUGGCUUGCCACAAACAGACACACCGUACCGCACUUAGCGUAUCCGUUGGUACGACACGUUGUCCUAAAUGUAGAAGACGUUGCAAGAGUACGAGUGAUCUUCAUACACAUAUGCUAUCUUGCCACCCGCGCAACGACACGGUGCCCACCGAUAAUAACUUAGAGAAAGUAACGAACUAUUCGGACGUCCGCAUGACGUCGUACCAAGGCGGCGAAUACGCUUUUCCACCGCAGGCGGAUUGGGACGCGAAUCUUAGAGGACAAAGUUCUUCUGGAUCCUCGGUUGAAGGUGGUCGGACACGUCCGAGCAGACGACGGGUAUUCAAAUGUCCCCAUUGUGCAUUUUGGGCUUCCACCGCAAGUCGCUUUCACGUACAUAUAGUCGGUCAUUUAAACCGGAAGCCGUUUGAAUGUUCUAUAUGCGCGUAUCGUUCUAACUGGCGAUGGGACAUCACAAAACAUAUUAAGAUUAAAGCGGCUAAAGACGCAGUACAUACGACCGCCAGAGUGCUCAUGACGGAUGAGACAGGUCGACGGAAUUAUUCCAAGUAUAACAAAUAUCUCGAACAGGUGGGACAGCAAUCGUGGAACGAGGACCACGUGGACGAACGUAGCAUAGAGGAAACGAAUUCCGACGAAUCGUCGACCAAAUUGUUAAUCGUGGGCAACAAGGAGUACACUCCGCUGACUAGUCGCAACGCGUCACAAUCCCCGAUUACUAUCAUGUCGUCGUCCGAGGUGAAUCAGAACAGUCAGAACGCGGACACGAGUCUGCGACCGCCACCGCCGCUCAAAGCAGCGGUUAGAAGUCGCGGGCAGUCUCUGCUGAAGAACAACUCUGUCACGAUACACCCUACUAGCGGUGGCGGUGGCGGUAGCGGUAGCGGUAAUGGUAUCUCCAUAUCGCCAGCGACGGAUGACAGCAAACGAACACAAUGGAAAUGUAAACGCUGUAACUAUCGAGAUUCUAACAAGGAUCAUGUAUUAUUGCACGUUAUGUCUCACUACGAAUCCGGCAAUCAUGAAUCCACCGACGGGAGGAAUCCAUUUGGUUGUGGGGAUUGUCCGUUUUCAGCACCGGAUGCUAUCACUCUGUCUCAUCACAGGCUGCAUCACCGGCCGAACCUGGACGCUAUAUUUAAAUGCUAUCUUUGCCCAUACUACGUUAGUACAAAGGCAGAACUAUUGGAGCACGCUAGACUUCACGGGGAGGAGCUGGCGACUGUCCAUCAGCAGAACGUAGACCUUCAAUCAUCAAGCUCCAAGUGCAAAGUGCAGCAGUCGAUGUCCGACGAUGAUGUGUCGAUGAAGAAUGAGGCGUCGCCCAUGGAACAAGUGAUCCAGAUAACGUCGCGCAACAAUGGAACGUCGGCUUCGAAAAGUGCGCCUCCACCACCGCCGUCGCUUCUCUUGGACACUCGUUCUCUUCCGGAUGCACCGUUGGUCUGGGUGUCACGGCUGGAUGGCACCUUGGCGAAGAUGCUCAAGUGUCGUCACUGCCCGUUCAUCUCGUCGCGCCGUGCCGAAGUACGCGAUCACGAAACGAUGCACGUGGACGCUCCGACGCAAGGCCCGUUGAUCGCUUGCACCGAUUGCAGCUUCACUUGCACGCGUCGGGACGUCAUGAUCUCGCACACCGAGAUGCACGCGGGAUCCCUAGGUACCGUUCACUGUCUCGUAGACGAAACACGUCCCGAUUCGCAACAGGCGAGCGAUCUCGCCACCCUGCUCGGCAUGACGCACACUCCGGUGCUGGGCGCCGAGCCUGAUCUACAGGACUCUCGCUUGGUGCACUGCUGCGGCAAAUGUCCUGCUCGAUUUCUGUGCGAGAAAGAAUUACGUAUCCAUUUGCGAUAUCAUUCUACCGAGCUGGCGUACACGUGCCAUUGGUGUUCGUACGCUGCGCGCCAACCGGCACAUCUACUGGCACAUCAGAAGGCACAUUCGCCGGAGUAUCAAGAACGUACCAAGUACUUAUUGUCACUGUAUGGAUACUCGCAACGUUAUCCACCACCCACGACAGCGUGCGUCGAAGCGGAACGUCAGGAAAACGAGGGCGGCAUGCCAAACGUCGCUUGGAUCGUCGUCGAGAUCAAUGAGAACAUCGGUAGUCCAUGUAACAAUGUCAGCGCUCAGAGGAAUGGCAAUCAGCAGGUGUUCACGUGUGCCAAGUGCCCAGCACGUUACUUUAAGCUGGACGCUUUGGAGUACCACAUGACAUUGCACGGCUCAAACAAUCGCUUCAAGUGCAACGACUGUGACUAUUCGUCAAAGACGGCGCAGAAUCUGGUGAAACAUCAGGUGGUACAUCGACGGCACAGCGAGACUGGCGAAGUGACGGUAACGCAGCAGUCUGCUACGGCUGCCCCUGCUCUCACCUCUUCCCCCGUUCCCGCGUCUGCUCCCGCCUCGUCUUCGCCUUUACAAUCGUCACCGGACCCGCAAUUCGGUAUCUUUAUGCGCGGUAAUCCGAACUUUGUCUAUCCUGGUUAUCUACGGAACGGCCGCCUGAAGGAGAAGCGUUACAAGUGCCAUAAGUGUCCGUCCGCCUUCGAGAAGCGUGAGCAGUACAGAGUCCACUUGACGUUACAUGGCGCGAAGCAACGUUACCGCUGCGACAUAUGCGACUACUCGGUCAAGUACUACGCGAAUUACAUACAGCACUUAAGGAAGCACCAGGCGAACGCGGAGGCACAGGCGUUGCGCAGGCAAUACGAGGAUGACCGAAUCUCCUUGGACAACGACAGCGUCGUGGACGCGACCGUGGUAGUGACUUCGGUCCGAUCCAGCAAGUCCUUGCGAUCAUCGAGUACUAUCGAUCGCAAUGCGAUCGCGACAUUGGCUGCUAAUAACGGCGCAUCCAGCGUAGUGAAUAACGCUGCGCUGCAACCCUCUAAUCAGGAUAAACAGAGCUUGUUGCUGAUGCAAAAGAAAGGCAUGAUCUCAUCGAUGGGAGACGCCGAUGCGGAGAUAAUCCGUUGUCAGAGUUGUCCGUUCUCCACCACCGACAAGGACGCCAUGGACGCGCACAAACGCCGUCACGGUAUCGAGCGCAUGACCCCACCGUGUCCGCACUGCGACUACAUUCCGCGCAAGGACGAGAACGCCGGCGAACACAUCAGGUUGCAUUUCACCAGGAUGUACAAGCCCGAGUCCUAUCUCAUUGUUGAAUUACUUACGCUGACGAUGGAAAAAGUAGCUGCAAAUAGCAAAGACGAGAAGAAGGAACAGCGGGUGAAAGAGAUUCUGUUUAGGGAAUGCGCUGACGGCAGAUUCCUGCCGCUCUCCGAACACGGACACGGGAUCUCCGUAGGAAACUCUCCAGCGGCGGUGCACUCCCUGAAAGAAAAGGUCAUUGUGGAUCCGAACACGGGCGAGACGAAGCGUCAUCUUGCUGCAUAAAAGAUUCGCCUUCUGCGGAUCGCGGGUAUUCAUUGUGUGUCUUUCUUCCUCUCGCGCGACGUGUUCUUAUUGCGAUGCAUUUUUUUUUAAUGUAAGAUACUUCAAAUCUAAAUGCGAUAAAAGUAAUCGAACAAUAACUCUACGUUAAUACGCACUGUAAAAAUCAGCGAGUUCUUGUUUUCACUAGUUGAGUUAUAUAUAGAGUGAUAUAUCAGAAUUUAUCGCAUGUUACGCGAUUUCUGCGCGACAAAAAGUAAAUAUAGUUUUAUUGUUAAAUAUAUUGUUCAUUCCAAGUAAUUGCACACUACAUGCAAAUUUUUGAUUACCGAUUUGACUAUCGAAUUUGAUCCGUUAUUGUUUCUUUUUGUAUUCAUUAGCAUUAUAUAUUGUUUAGUAAAGUGAUGCAGUGACGAAGAAUGGGUAUGCUUGAAAAUACUCUCGAUGCGAAAUUAGUGUAAAUAAUAUUUGAAACUAUCAGUCUUGUACAACAUAUUAUAUAAUAAAUGCUCAUAUGUAUAUAUACA